AUGUCUAACCAAAACGAAAGCAAUCUUAUUUGGCGCACUCCUGCUGAAAGAGAUGCAGAAGACAGCCUUGCCAUCUUGCAUCGUGACAUGGUCGCUGUCAUGAAAGACAUUGCUGAUAUCAAAGCAAAAACUUUGGAAUCUCCCAUCUCUGCUGUUUUGCAGAGUCAGCACAUGGCUGUAGCCCCUGCUGUCGCUCCCGUAAACAUGGAUAUGAAUGUAGCUGGUCUUUCUAACAUGGCUUCUGAGGCAAAUUCAGUUUACAAAACCAAAGCAUAUAGACUUCUUCGAGAGCAAUUGUGGGACCCCAACUUCAAGUCAACCAGCUUGGCUACAAUACAAGUCAAUAAUGACAAACCAAAGUGGAACACAGCUGUUCACUUCAACCAGUCGACAAACACCGAGCUGACGGAAAUCCUCCUUGCCCUCUUGGAAAGAAACCUCGUAGGAACAGGACUGAGGAAAAGUGAUGUUCGUGACUGUGUCUACACAAACUUCACUAGCAGAAAACGUGCAGCCAAUAAGUCUGAGGCUAAAAAGAAGUUGACGUACAAGUCUUACAAGGCUGUCAUUGAUGACAAGAUGAAAAGAUAUUGCUCUGGUCUUAUUGUAGAAGAGGCCAUGUCUGCUGGUGAGUCAGACGGUGGUACUUUGCCUCCUGUUUCUGGUCGUGGGCUUCGUUUUCAUCGUCUAGGUUGGAGAAGUGAUGAGUACAACCACUUCAUCAAACUUGUUGACAAAAAAGUAGCAGCUGAAUUGGGCUCAAAUAGCCAUCAAUUGCUGCCACAUGUUUUUGGCGAAACCAUUAAAGGACCAGUCCCUAAUGCAAUUGCAUCACCGUUUUCUCAGUGGGCUCUUAGAGAUUGGUCCUAA